GCGUGGUUUGUUUCUUGAUUUUCGGUGGUUGUGGAAUUUGGUGAUAUGCAAAAUGCAUGUAUUCUUUGAAAUUCUGUGUCGUCCUUGUUGAUUUUAGUUAUUUUAUUUGGAUCUAGGUCAACUAUGGUUGUAUGGUAAUGCAAUUCGUUUGUGAAUUCUGGAUUAAUUGACUGCAUAAGCGUUUUAGUGUUAUUAUUGUUUUUACCUUGGUUUACUGAUUUGUUCUGUUCAAACUCUUUCUUGUUUAUGAGAAGUUUUUUUCAGGAGUAACAAAGAUCACGUUGCAUAUGUUUCCCCAAAAUUUGGCUUUCUUUAGGUGUUUGUGCUUAAUCUGAAGUUGCUGUUUAUGAAUUGAACUGUAUAUUCAUUUUCUAUAUAGUGAUUUGUCCAAGUUCAAAUUGCAUAAGAGAUACUGUGAAUGAGACCUUAUUGAACUGUGCCUUGUUAGCUUUGGAUGAGAUAAAGAGGCAUAGGCUUCUCUUUUAAGAAAAACAAUGUUAAGUUUGAUAUGUUAUAGUGCUUAAUGUUAAAAAAAUAAUAAUAAAAAAUGUGUGAUUACGGCUUUGGAUUAGAGUCAAACAUUCAAGUAGUGUUAUUUUCAAUUUGAUGCUCUCAAGCUUAUGGGGUAGACACAUACAAAAAUGUUUAUGUAUCAAGUUUCAGAAUAUAAGAAUAUGGAGGAAGAGAAUGGCUUGACAUGCCAAGAAAGGAUAAGAAUGAAGAAAGUGGAAAAUGUCUUUAGAAGGCCCUUCAUGCUCCAUGGAGAAGCCCAAGCCAUUGAAAGUAGAGAUUUCAUCGGAUGAAGAAUCGGAUUCCUCCAAAAAUGAUGAACCAUUGCCCGAACUAUCAACCGAAGCAAUACUGUUCCGACGAGCCACAAGCUACCAAGAAUACAUGAAACUGAUCCCGAUCCCUACAAACCGCGGCGCCGUGAUUCCCUUCACCUCAUGGUCCGGUUUGGGCAGCUCGAUUAAGCAGCUAUACAAGCAACCUCUGCACUACCUCACCAAUAUUCACUUGAAAGGAUUGGACCAAGAGCGCUUUGGAGCAGACAACGAGCAUUUUCCUCUAGACAUGAUCAUCCAUCCAGUUAAAGCCGAGGCGAGCAUCUGGCACAUCGAAGGGGUUCACCGCCUCUGCGCAUCGCCUCAUCAUUUACUCAAACUCUGGACUGCCGAUCCGAAGUACCAUGCCUGCAUCGACCCCAUUUUCCCAAAGCUCAAAUGCGAGGUAAAAACCCCGAAGAUCCAAACUACUGUGCCUUCUUCGAACCCCUUUUCCCAAAGCUCCGUCGCGAGGUAAAGACGUCGAUGAUCCAAACUACCAUCCAUGCCUUUGUUGAUCCCAUUUUCCCGAAAGCUAGCUCGACGGGUAAACCCUAAACCCUAAAACUGCGAGUGAAGCCACAUUUUUAGAUGCUAUUAUGCUUGUGUUGUAUGCAUUCCUAUGUUUGAUGCAAGAAAAUAAUAAUCAUAGAGUACGUUCAUUUUUUAA